AUGUUUAUGAUGCCGUCGCAGGUUCGCAUUGUCCUUGAGCUUCUAGGCACCAAGUCUAACAUGUUUCCAGGUCGUGUCUCGACAACACAACCAAUUACGACGUACAAGCCUGGUGGUAGUACGCAAAGCCAGACGCCUAGAGGGCAGUACCAAUUGAAGGAUGCGAUUCUGCCUCCCGAGGAAGUCCUGUUCUCCCGCAAGGCAGCUCCUCAACGUUACGCAGAAAAAGAUAUCUACUUUGCCAACGAAGCACUCCCAGAUGGUGGACGGGAUGUUCUUCCCGAUAGCGACAUGCUCAAGGCCAUACAUGCCUAUGCCAGCCGGUAUUACGAGGCGCUCCCAGAGCGGCUGCGAGGUGAGGAAAGGAGGCAAUGUUUUGUCGGGUCACGUCAUAUCGAUGAGCGAAGUAUGGAUGAGACGGCGCUAUUGGCAUUCGGUAUCCUACUCGAGGAAGCGGCGCGGGAGGCACUUGGAAAGAAUGGCGACCUUGUCUUCACCGAGGGUUUGGAUCCGGGACAGGAAGAAAUCGAAGAUGAUGACAUUGACGCCGCAGAUAGUAGCGCUACGAAGCAAGAGACUCCCGUUGGCUUCGAGGAUAGGGAUUGCUUUUGGAAAAGAAGAUUACCCAAGAGGAGGAAGCUGGCACAAGAAGAAGAGUGA